UGGUCCUGCGCCCGCAGCCACUGCCGCGGGGCAGUGCGGGGUCAGCGGCGGAGCGCGCUGCCAGUUUGCGUGGGGCUGCCGUGGAGCGCCGUCCCCCAAGGAGGUUCCCUGCCGCCUGCGUCCCAAAAUCUUCAAGUCAUUCUCUUUAUUUCAUCCAUUGGGUGCAACUGCAGAUCUGAGAAACGACCAAGAAGGAAAGGACAACUUUCAGUCGAACAAGAUUCCAAAGGGAAGACAGUGCCAGAAUUUGGAAUACACUUUCGGACAAACGUUUUGCCAAGGAGGACACAGCCCGCUGCCUCCCAUGAGGUCACCUUUGAAGGACUGACUUCAUCCACCUGCUUGUGGCAGUUCGUGCUCCCGCCAUGGGACCCACGGGGAGCCUGCUGAGUGGCGGACAGGCGCAGAUUGUCCUGUGGGGAACUUUGGCAGCUGUCACCGUUAUCUUCAUCAUCAGCUUCCUCAUAUUUCUGUGUUUGACUUGUGACAGAGAAAAGAAGCCACGACAACCCAGUGGAGACCAUGAGAACCUGAUGAACGUGCCUUCAGACAAGGAGAUGUUCAGCCGAUCAGUUACCAGCCUGGCAACAGACGCUCUUGCUAGCAGUGAGCAGAAUGGAGCACUCACCAAUGGGGACAUCCUUUCAGAAGACAGCACUCUGACCUGCAUGCAACACUACGAGGAAGUGCAAACCUCAGCCUCGGACCUCCUGGACUCCCAGGACAGCACAGGGAAGCCCAGAUGUCAUCAAAGUCGUGAGCUCCCUAGAAUUCCUCCUGAGAGCACGGUGGACACAAUGCUUAACACGAGAAAUGCAGAUGGGGACCAGGGGCCGGGGAUGGAGGGGCCCUAUGAAGUGCUGAAGGACAGUUCCUCCCAGGAGAACAUGGUGGAGGACUGUUUGUAUGAGACAGUGAAGGAGAUCAAGGACGUGGUGUCAGCCACACCCCUGGAGAAGGGGCACAACAGCAAGGCGAGGUCUAACUCAGCCUUGAAGGAGCCUCCAGGGCCCCAGGCCGAGGUCAAGGCAGAGUUUGCUGAGUACGCCUCGGUGGACAGAAACAAAAAAUGCCGGCAGAGUAUUAAUGUGGAGAGUAUUCUGGGAAAUUCGUGUGACCCAGAGGAGGAAGCCCCACCACCUGUCCCCAUCAAACUUCUGGAUGAAAACGAAAACCUUCAGGAGAAGGAAGAGCGAGAGGCUGCAGAAGAGCAAACCUCCAAGGGGAUCCCUGAAACCAACAAGAGAUUCAGUGCAUUGUCAUACAAGUCCCGGGAGGAAGACCCAACGCUGACUGAAGAAGAGAUCUCAGCCAUGUACUCCUCGGUGAAUAAAGCUGGCCAGGCAGGGAAUAAAGCAGGACAGUCCCCGAAAGCGCUGGAAGCCACCUACAGUGCCAUUCAGGAAGCGCCUCAGCGGUCCACCUCCUCCUGCAGUGAUCUCUAUGCCACCGUUAAAGACUUUGAGAAACCCCCAAACAGCGUCAGCACGCUUCUACCAGCAGGGGGAGCCCGCCAGGAGCCAGAGCCCGACUAUGAAGCAAUACAGACGCUCAGCAGAGAGGACGAGAAGGGUCCCCCGGAGACCAGUGCCCACCAGGGUCUCAUCCCCAAGGAGAAUGACUACGAGAGUAUCGGGGACCUGCAGCAGUGCCGAGACAUCACCAGGCUCUAGGAACUCAGAAGACAGCUCCAGAGAGCCCAAGAGCAGAGUGCCGGCACGCUUUUGCUGGAAGAGCUGGGAGAUACAGAACAAUACUUCCUAUGCUGCUUUAGCCAACAGAAGGCAACUGGGAAUGCCAGAUGUCUUCCCAGGUUCUGAAACUGUGAGGUACGAACCGGGAACACCUGCCCACCUGGGAGACAUGCACAGUGUGGCGCAGGCCCCUCCUGCACCUUUACCCUCCGUAAAAGACCCCAGCUGCCAGGGGUUUCAUCCCCACAUGAGGAAAGUCGGGCUGGAAAAAGGAGCUGCCGUCAAAGCGGAUGAAGGCUGCACACACCUAAACACUGCCAUUUGCAGAGCAAGGUGUUUGCUUGGCCCCUCUGUUGCGAACUUUACACGUGUGGCUUUUUCCCCUG